AAUCCACUCACCCCUUCUCUCUCUCCCUUUACCCCCAGCAAUAUAGGCUACUUUGGCUCAACAGCAGACACCACCGCUCUCUUCCCUCCUAUCAACAAACAGCUCCAAUUUCUUCUUGAGCGGCACCGUCUCUUUGUUGACGCACGGUUGCCAUGGUUUCGGAGGUUUCCCGCCCCCUACUUUGCCGAAGAGAGAAAGGGAGAGGGUGACGUGUCAGCUCGCUGGGGUGUGUGCAGGGAAGCCGCUUUGAGUGGGAGGAGCAUGCAGCUGCUUGGGGUCGCCUCCCCUCAGUGUGCCGUUGGUGGACGUGUUUGAAUUCUAUGGAACUACAAUUACAACAACAGGCAGAAAAAUCAGUCAUCUUAGAGACUAUGGACAUACUUUUUAGAAUAAGAGGAGGCCUUGAUCUGGCAUUUCAACUAGCCACUACUGAUGAUUCUUCAACAAAAGAGGCACUAAAAUACGUUUUCAGUGAUCUUUCAGCCAAACUGGCGUCAGAUGUGCUAGUAUUCAGAAUCUGCCAUAGCUCAGUGUAUCUGUGGCCGAAUAGUGGAAAAAAUUCAGUUUCAACAGAACUUACAGAUGAUUCUGUGUGUAAGGAGAUACUACGCUUUAUUCAUUUUGAACAAGAAGAUGAGACUAAACGCAGGUUUCCAAAGAAGAAAGAUAAAAAGCUGCAAGAAUUGCCUAUCGUAAAUAUAGAUCUUAUGCUGGAAAUGACAACUUUGUUAGAGCCUCUCACUCCAAUCAUUGAAAAGGAGAACAAGGGACAUCACUACAUAAGCAUGACCUUGCCAGUUGAUGCUGUUGUCUCUGUGUCUCCCGAAGAAACAUGGCGGAAUGUACGAAGUAUCCUGGUGAAUGCAAUUCACACACAGCUAACUGAUAUGGAGAGGUGCAUUUUGAAAUAUAUGAGAGGAACAGCUGUUCUUGUGCCUGAACAAUUUCAUUUCAUGUUACCAGGAAAAAAGCACCUUGUAACAGUCUCAUAUCCUACUGGCAUUUCAGAUAAUCAACUGGAGACCUGGAGACAGGAAUUACAUAGGCGGUUUAAUCUACCAUUUGAUAGACCUUAUCUCCGUAGGGCUAAUGCCUAUCAUUUUCCAGAUGAACCAUUCAAAGAUGGGUAUCUCAGGAGCCCACAUGUACAUCUCAAUCCACCUGGUAUAGAGUCUGGUACGGUAUAUUUGGUAUAUGGCACAUAUAGUUAUCAUCAUUACAUGCAGGAUCGUAUUGAUGAUAAUGGCUGGGGCUGUGCCUAUCGGUCUUUACAGACUAUAUGCUCGUGGUUCAGGCAUCAGGGAUACAUGGACAAAUCAAUACCCACACACAAGGAGAUUCAGCAGGCUCUAGUUGAUGCUGGAGACAAGCAAGCAGGGUUUGUUGGGUCACGCCAAUGGAUUGGUUCUAUUGAAGUGCAGCUUGUACUGAACCAACUACUAGGGAUAACUUCAAAAAUACUGUUUGUCAGCCAUGGGUCUGAGCUGGCUUCUCAGGGAAGAGAACUCGCUAAUCAUUUCAAGUCAGAGGGAACACCAGUGAUGAUUGGUGGUGGAGUCCUGGCUCACACAAUACUAGGAGUAGCAUGGAAUGAAAUCACAGGGCACAUAAGAUUUCUGAUCCUGGACCCACAUUACACUGGAGCAGAGGAUCUGCAUAUUGUAUUAGAAAAGGGUUGGUGUGGAUGGAAAGGUCCAGAUUUCUGGAACAAAGAUGCUUAUUAUAACCUGUGUCUUCCUCAGCGGCCAAAAACUAUUUGAAUGGCUAUUCGGAUUAUUAUGAAGAACUGGCUGUCUUACUGUAAAAACACACACUCACACUUAUGUAUGAACAAUGAUUUAUUUUAACUUAAAACAGUAUUUUGUUGCUCACAACUGUUAAAAUAGAAACGCUAAUCCAAUAUUUUGGUGUCCAAAUUAAAUGUGAGGUGAUUUUUUUCAAAUAAAACUUGAUUAUUAAACACCGUCA